GUCAAAACUUCUUGGGCGAGUGUCUGUAAAACGUGUGAUAAUUAAUAUUUAUCGAAAACGACGACGAAAAGUGCAGAAUAAGUGUUUGUGAAGUGAUUUCGUGUUUGUGUUUUCUUGUAAUUCAAUCGUUUCAACAUAUAUCUUAUACCCUGGAGCACGGAAAGCAACAACUGUACAUACAACUCUGAUGCACAAUGUGAGGGGGGUGGCAUGUGGGGCACGCAGGCGGGGUGGGUAUGCGGGGCGCUGGCGGCCGCGUUGCUGGUCCUGCUCGCGCUCUGCCGCCGAGCCGCCAAGAAAGCGCCCGUGUCUGUCCACCAGCCGCGUGUCACACAGGUGCACAUAGUGUGUGGUGGAACAGCGCGUGUCACUCGCUUGGGGUCUCCGCCGGAGCCCCACCGCGUCUGCGCCUCCCUUGCCGUGGCGCCUGCGCCCGAUCCCCCCGCCGAUCCCAAACAUUGCGACAUACCUCAACCUUCACACAUCCUCAUCGUCCAGAACUGCACACAAAACACUGUGCCGCAACAAUCAGACACUCCACAACCAUCUAGCUCUCAAGUAUCUCGACAACCUUCUCUAGAGUAUCGCGGAAUACCGAAGCUACCUCUUCCCGAACAGUGGAUGCAUAAACGACCUUUUGACUACAAAUAUUCAGCCAUCCCAAGACCAUUAGCUCAAAUAGUUAACUCUGAUUUGGGUGUCGAACUGCAAAGAGAAUCUCGUGCUAAAAAAUACAGUGCCACCAGAUCGCCUUCUUUGGAAAAAGACGAUAAGUCACCUUUUGUUACCAGUGCAAAGGCCUUGGAUUCGGAGGUAUUCGGAUUCGACGCAGAAUCUGUAAGAAAAUUGAGUGGGGACGUAGAGAUCACCAAUGAGAUGGGUGAACGGGCGCCCUCGUCUCCGCACGAGAGUGAUAAAGAAAUGUCACCAAGUAAUCUAAGAAGGUUUCGAUCAGUUAGCACGCGGCUUAACAUGUGCAGCGUAAGUGAAGGACCGUACUCGGAAUCACAACAAGAAUGUUUAGAGAUGCAAAACUCGCCACGCGUUUUGGAAUGUAGUUCAGCAAAAGAGAAAUCGUCUGGAUCAAAAUUUGAUUUCUCCCCAAAAAUUUUAGCAGACUGUAUAAGUUCACCCCGCUUUUUCACACCGCCAGAAAUGGUUUCGCCUAUGUUUUUCGCAGAACCUUCACCUAAAUCAGUUUACUAUGACACUGUGAGGUCUCCUAAGUUCUUUCCAGAAACGCCGAGGGACGCAGAGGUUCCACAGUCUCCGAGAGCUUUAGGCGACCAUCGAAACAGAACGAAUGGUUUAAUCGAAAAACCAAGCUCUCCUAGAGUUCUUAGUGCUCGACCUAGCCCUAAGGUUCUUAUUUAUAAUAAGGAAAAUUAUUUUACUUUUGAGCGUCUAAAUGCCACUGAAGAAAGUUCUGCGCGAGUGUCUCCGAGACCUAGGAGAUACGGAGGAAGAAAUUCUAUUGAAAAGGAAAGAUUUACGCCGCCCGCUGAUAAAGAAGUUAGAAAGUAUAGAAGACAUAAUAGCUGCGAUACUAAUUACAAAAGCGUUGAGUUGAAUAUAUCAACGUGCGAUGGUAUCAAAGAGACUGAGGUCGCCACUAAAAUAGAAGAAAAAGAUGUAGUUGACUGUUGUGCUAAAAUAAAUUCUCUUCGAGUGGACACAAUGGAGGAAAGCGAGAAGAAGGAAUUGACACCUAUUCCGAAUUCCGCACAAGCAAGGAGACAAAGGCUAAAAUCAAUAUCUCUUGAUUCAGACAACGCACGAAUAAUCGAACAAAAUCUAGGCUUACCAAUAGCUAAGCAAAUGAAGGAUCAAAUGAAUGAGGCGUAUAAAAAUCAAGAAAUCAGUACGUCAUGUGAAAGUAUGGAGCAAAAUACAAACAGGAUAUCUCCCUCUGGAGAACGGCCUGUAUUUAAGUUUGAUGUGGAUCAAAAAGAAAAAAUCGAAGUUGAGCCCAAAUCUCCAGACUUGAAACAAAAGAAAUGCUUACGACAAAGUUCUGAUACUCAGUCCUUUAUAGAUAUGCCUAGAUUUUCACCCAAAGAAUUCGAAAUCACAGUAACAUCUGAAGAAGGUGCAACGACAGCGGCAGAAACACAUACAAAACGAAAGGACAAGAAUUUACGAAAUUUAACAAUAGACUUGUCCAAACGUGAUAGCGAAUUAGAAAAAGAAUUGUUAGAAUUUGAAAAGCUUUACACAGAUGCCGAAGAUAAAAAAGUUAAAACACCCACAUUAAAAGUUAAAGCAACAUCUUUAGAUUCUUCGGAAACUGUAAACCUUUCACUACCACAAACAAAGGCUUUAGAAGUUCCUCAAAAUUCAAUAUCAGUGCCGAAUACACCAAAACGUCAGUAUAAACGAAUACUAGCUCAAAAGAGCGCUAAACAUGACUUGGCUGGUGGGAAAUUGGGGCAUAAUACUGUUCAAACUACAGACCAGCGGAGACUGUUUAUGAAGGGACAGGACAGCGGUAUAUUUCUUAGAGAGAAUCAUGCAUCCCUAAUGUUAUAUCAGCCUGGAAUUUCUAGAAUGGGAUCAAGGACAAUGGGAUCUUUUGACGAAAACAUGUCUGAUAACGGGCCAGAAAUUAAUAUUUCAAAUGUUGAUUGUCGGUCGUUUCACGUGGAUACUGUUCAGACUCUCGGUUCUAAUCUUCUAAAUUAUAAACAAAAUUUAAGUGUAUCAAGUACGAAUUUAAAAACACUUCCUGAAGGCGUUCCUUCGGACGAUUUUGAGCCAAGUGCGGAAGACGAGAAAUUAGUCAAGAAAUUGCAUAGGCGGAAUUCAAAUCAAAGCUUAAUGUUAAGCACUCAUAGUCUUCAGGGUUCGAAUUGCUCUUUAAGCAGUGCGGGCGCGUCCUGCCAUAACAUAAGUACUGUGAGGACAAGUAUAUCAAAUUUCAGUUUGAACUCUGACAACAGACAAAAAAAGUUGUCUCUAGAGCGAAGGGAUUCGAACACAUCCAUUAAUCCAAGCGAGCAUUUGACACCAACUACAAGGGUGAUAUGUUCCUCCAAUACGAAUUUGUCUGGGGAGUUGUCCAAAAAUUGCCUUUUACAGCGACGUGGAUCGAAUAACAGCCUUACUUUAAAUAUACUUUCAAGUAACAAUCUUAGCCGCCAUUCGAGCAAUAGUUCGUUAAACAAGGACACAAAACUGGGCCAGAAGAAAGGUCUAUUAGAAAGACGCAGUUCAAAUACUUCUCUCACUUUAAACAUAAACACGUCGAAUCCGCAACUAUCAACAAACAGAGCUCUAAGCAUUUCUAACUAUAAUUUGAAUGGCUCAACGUGUAAUUUAAGCAGAUACAACAGCAAUCACAGCAUAGAUAUCGCUGAACCACGGAAAGGUCUUUUGGAAAGACGGGGCUCGAAUACAUCCUUAACGCUAAAUAUUCAACCACAAGAACCUAGAGAUUUGGAGAUUGAUGAAUCUUUACUAGAUCCUAAUUUACAAGAUAUAGCUCACAGGGAUAAACACAGAAAAUCUUUGAGUACGGAAAAUUUGAUACCAAAAUCCUAUAAAAAUAGAACUCGAUUACUUUCAACAGAAAAGGGUUUGGGAUUCGGCUCUCAUGACAAUCUUUGGUCUUCUUCAUUUACGGAACAAGAUUGUGGCCAAAACUUAACAUACGUUUGUGGGGAUCAAGAGAAUGAAAUAAUAUACGCGUUCGGUCAUGAAGAGGAUCCCAAUUUUCAAUCAGGAUUCGUACGUAAUAUAACAACGAAACCGUUGAGUCCUCAGACCACUUCCGAGGACUUCAGGUUAUACUUAGCUAAUAUGCAGCAUCUCCAAAAUGCUUCAAGCGUUUUAACUCGUCAACAGUUAAAAGAUUUGAAUGAGGUAUUCCAAAAUGGGUAUUCUAAAGUUAAAUGCCUUGCUACAGGUGAAGGUUGCUCUUGCUCGGGCCGAGUUACUGAAGGUAUAUCGAACGAAAACCUGCAGAUACCAGAGGAUGCUACACAACCUUGCUCCGAAUACCAGAAGGGCCUGCUGAGAAAUUUACAUCAAGAAUUUUGGGAUAUGCCCACGAAUUUCCAAGAGAAGCCUAUAGUAUCUGGUUCCCAUCCAAAGAAUAGAUAUAAGACAAUUCUUCCUAACGAACAUUCUAGGUUUAUUUUGCGUGCGGACACUGGGAUUAGCGAAGCGUAUAUUAAUGCCAAUUUUAUUAAGGGGCAUGAGUACUCGAAAAACAGUUACAUUGCUACCCAAGGACCGUUGCCAAACACUAUUUACGACUUCUGGCUUAUGGUACGACAGAAUGUUAUCGAUUUUCGAUCUCAAAGACCGGCGGAUGUCCCUCCGUCGGAUUGCAUACAGAAGAUUGUAAUGCUCACGAACUUUUUCGAAAACAUUCGACAGAAAUGCGAAAAAUACUUCCCAGUCGAGAUUGAUGAAGAAAUAUUGACACAGAGUCCGGAUUGCAACGAAACUACAUUCUUCCCAGAAGAGAGUAUUCCAAGGAACAGUUUUACAAUCAAAAACGAUGGGAUGAUCAAAAAAUCCGGUUACACCAUAAGAAAAUUGGACGUGCGUUACGAAACUACUGAGUCUAGUGAUAGUGUUGUUGUGUACCAUUACUGGUUCCACAAUUGGGCCGAUCAUACGUGCCCAAAGGAUGUGACAGCUUUAUUGAACUUGAGCUUAGACAUUUUAAAAGAAGAGUUUUACGAUUUUAGUAAUAGUAACGAUGAGACGGAAGAACAGUGCAAGUGCGGUGAGGUGCCGAGUCCCAAUUCACGAUUUAUGUUCCCUGCUCUGGAGGCUCAGAGCGCUGCUUGCCCCAUUAAUGUGUGCGUGUCUUCUCCAUCGAGUUUUUCUACUGAAAAUCUGUUUCCGCCGACUAUCGUUCACUGCUCGGCGGGUAUCGGCAGGACUGGGUGUCUCAUCGCUAUUUUAAAUGGCAUAAAACAACUAACGAACGAACAAAAAGUUGACGUUUUAGGCAUAGUGUGCAACAUGAGGUUGAAUCGUGGAGGCAUGGUACAGAACUCUGAACAGUAUGAGCUUAUACAUAAAGUUUUGUGUCUCUAUGAACGGGCGUGUUUGCCGAGUUUAUAGCUACAUCUGAACAUACGUCUAAGUUAGUUUUUCCAAAAAUUAGUGUUGUAUUGUACAUUUUGCAAGUUUUUUUUUACAUAUAGUAAUUUUUUUUAACCUAUCUUAUAAUGUAAGCCAUCUGCGUUGCAACCGAUUAGGGGUAUGGGUUCAUAGUAUGACUUCUCUAUACCCCUAACAGGUUAAUUUGCUAUCAUCUUAGACUCCGUCUAACGCUUACCUGUACUUAGUGUAAAUUAAAAAAGUGUAGUGUGUGUUUUAAUUUUUAAAAUACACUACACUUUUUUUACACUUCUAGAACGGCUCUUUUUAAUUUAUUUGUGGUUAGUUAUUUUAACACACUUGUAUUUUUCAAAUAUUUUUUUUAAAACAUACUUCGAUUUAUAUUAAAAGAUUGCAUACAUUAUAAAAGAAGUUCGAAAAAAUUUAGCAUACUAACUUAUUUAGAGUUAGUAAGAGUUGUAUUUUGGAUUGUUUUAAUUUUUUAAAUGUAAUAAUCGAAAUUAUAUAAUUAAAUUGUAUUUUGUUGUAGACUGAAUGCUGACUAGUGUCAUUUCACAACAUUACAUAAGGCCCAAUUGGACGAUUCAUCGAAAGAAAAUGAUAUUUAGUGAACGUUCAUGAACAACUGCUAAUCCAUUAUAAUCUGAAUAUGGAUUAUGAACCCAUAAAAUAAUGAAUGAAUCGUGUAAGAAAGCUAAACCGGCGGUAAUUGUAAAUGUUAUUUUCUCUCUUAAAUUUAAGGAAGUGAAGCAGAAUGGAAAAAGAUGGUAUGUCACUUAAACAAUAUCUUGCGUUUUAAUGUUUAAUACAAAUAAAAAGCCGAAAAGUUUUUUUUAUAAACUUAUUUCUUACCUAUUUAACUAAAAAUAAUUUAUAUGAUUCCAUUUACUUCUUUGCACAUGAGUCGAGUCUUGGUUGAGUCGAAACAACGGAUGAGUCGGUUUACGCGUUUUGCUGUUUGGCCUUACAUUCCUACUUUAUCUUUGCCUUAGUAAAAGUUUUUAUCUAAACUUCUGUCAUUUUAUAUAGAGGUCCAAACGUCAAAAUUUUAGAACUCUGUACAGAUUUCAUAGAUUUACUUUACUAUGAAGUUAAGUUUUCUAAUAUGAUAAAUUAUAUUAGGGAUUCGGUACUCUUUAGUUGUGUACUUUUCUCAUGCAAAUGUAAUGCAAAAUCAAAAUCUACCAUUACCGCUGGUGAUAUUUUUAUCAAUGCAUCUCUCUGUUCUAUCUAUUGAUUUACAUAGAAACAAUAUUAUAAUAUCCAAUAAUCGUUUCUGAGGCUGGUUUUCGUUGACCAGGGUGCUUACUACAAUCUCUAAAGGCAGUAUUAUAUUAAAACAAACAUUUUAUAAUUAAAGAUUGUUCAUGCUCUUGUUCCAAAAUAAUAAUUAUUCUUAUUUUAGGCAUCUCAAAGUACAUAUAUAAAGCUAUCAUUUUAAAAUAAAACUGCUCUAAGCGAUAGUAGUAAACCCCUUUUAAGUACUAACCUUUUAUAGUAUUGUUAAUAGACUUUUAAAGAGAUUACUCGGGUGAAAUUUUUGCCAAAAAAUAAGAAUAAAAUUUUAUGCUCCAUGGUAAAUGACUAUUUCAGGGUCAUAUCAGGAAUUCAGUGGAUACUAUAACCAUUAAGAUAUAUAAUGUAAUAUAACCAUAUAGAUACCCAUCAAAAAUACCAUUUAAGACAGUUAAAUUGGCAGCUUCCAAAUCUAUAAUAAUUAAAUUAUUACAUCAAGGUAGAUUAAUGAUAAAUAGUUUUCGCCCUGUUUAAAAAGUGUUUUCUAAGGAUAUCCUACAGAGAGUCUAUUUUAAGGCAAAGUUAAAUUUCACCUAAGUAAGCACUAAGACCUUGCUUCACCUGGUCAAAAAAGAAAAACCAACACUAUACAUUCUUGAACAGUCAUUUUUAAACUUUUAAACGGCGGAACAUUUUUGCUAAACGCAUCGUCUGUGUCAUCUUGAAAGCUAUCCAUUUACUAUCAAAUUUUAAAAUGAAAGUCACAGCUGUAUUACUACUUUUUGUAUGGUAAAAUGCUAAAUCUAUGUCCACAUCUGUUGCAUUUUAAAUUCAUCUUAUGUUUAGCGCAUGCUUUAGAAUAGAUUGUGGGAUAGUGUAUUACAAACGCUUUAUUUUGCGCCAUCUUGCCUUUUAAAACGCACAGAGUAGUGUCCGUGGACAGAUGCGUAUCGGAACCCUUGUGUCUUGAACUUUCAAAUCACCGUCUUUUAUAUGAACAUACCUACAUAAGUGUCAGUUGUGAUUAAGAAGCUCUAAGAUGAUGAUGAGAGCGCUCAAUAUCCGAGGCAUACGCUAUACAAAUUUGGUUUUAUAUUUUAAACGUGGCAUAACGUCGGAAUAUGCAGUUAUGCCGUUUUUCUUCACGCUCUUGACGGCCGAUUGGCGCAGUGGGCAGCGACCCUGCAUUCUAUGUCAAAGGCUGUGUUCGAUUCUCCCAACUGAAGAGUGUAUGUGCGACACACUACUAGUAGAUACUAUUAGUAGCACAGAUGACUCUUCUGCCCGUUUUCCGAUAUAUUCCCUUAUUUUUGCCUCGUACGACAGACGUAGGACGAGGAAGGGUGGUGACAACUCAGUGGCGUGCAUAGAGGGUAUGCACAUGAUAUAAAAUGAAGAAAAU